CGGGACCUUCCAUCCAGGUACAUGUAUUGUACCGUAGUCGCACCCGACUUUCAACCCCACCAUCCCGCAUCAUUUAUCUUUAUCGCUGUAAGGCUGCGUUACCUAUCUUCUCUCCUACACAUUCAAAGGCUCCGGCAACACAAAUAUCUACAAGACGAAGAGAAUUAGAUUUAAGAACCUCACCUGAUCGAGAACGCGUCCCCUUACUCGAUACGUACCAGAUUAUAUCCAAGAUGGGUGCUAAGGUCCCCCGAAAUUUCCGUCUCUUGGAGGAAUUAGAAAAGGGAGAGAAAGGAUUGGGAGCUGAGGCAUGCUCUUAUGGCUUAGAUAACCCGGAAGAUCUCCUAAUGUCCGACUGGAACGGCACUAUCUUAGGACCACCCCACAGCGUACACGAGAACCGAAUCUACUCCGUGAAGAUGCACUGCGGCGAUCAAUACCCCGACAAGCCACCUACGAUUCAGUUUGUCAGCCAAGUCAACCUCCCAUGUGUCAACCAGAAGAAUGGGAUGGUAGACCCGACCCAAUUACCCUGCCUAGCGAACUGGAAGCGAGACAAUACCAUGGAGACCAUUCUGAUUGAGCUUCGAAGAUACAUGGCAUCGAGCCAGUGCAAGAAGCUUCCCCAACCACCCGAAGGAUCAGUUUACCCCGGCCAUUGAAGUGUUGGCAUAAACAAGCUUGCGAUGAGAAGGUUGAAUUUGACAGACAACACGCAACCUCCAGCAUCAUGCGUAGUAGGCAUAUUCAAGGGUCUAAGAAGAGGCCCGGAUUCUGAUCUCGUUAUUUCCUUUUUCUAGUAUGACUGUACUAGUUCUUGUUAGACCACCUCAUUGCAUCAUAGCGAGGCCAGAACCACCGCGGAGGAGUCUCCAGUUGAAAGGGGUGGAAGGUCAAGCCCUGGAGUUCGGCAUGAAUCAACAAUGAAUAAACACUAUCCCCAACUA